GGCGCUGGUGCGGCCAGUUCGAGUGCGGCCCUCGCCUGAGCAACAACAACUGAUGGACGCGCCUGCCUUACUUCUCGCGCUGUUGGUGGCGGCAGCCUCAGCAACGGAUAAGACGUCGUCUGCUGGAAUGCCUCGCGCUAGCGAAUCCCAGGAAACGUUUGUCCUGCAAACGAACCUAAAAACCAACUUAUUCUCAACCUGUGCUGCGGAGGCGAACUCUGUGUCAGGAAGCCUUUACUCCAUCGAGCUGGGCACCUCAGAGUUCGUUGAGCUGACAACCGCGAGCACUCAAAACAUCACGUGGGUUGUCAAGAGCGGCGUCAAGUCUACCAUCGAUUGCGCCCAGGCCACUUUGGAUGCAGGCAAACUCAUGUUCAAGUACAGCGGCGGCACCUGCAGGGUAGCCACGAAGGGAGUCUACGACCCAAGCAAGCCCUCGUGUACUGGAGAGACGGUCUACGUUCUAAGCCCUCUUCCUACAAUGUGCUUCACCUCCCUGGGCGCGUUCUUGGAUGGUGAAAGCAUAACAACCGACGGAAGUUGCACCUCAAGCUGUGCUUCAGGCAAAAUAGUGGACCAAGAUGGGACUGAACUGACGAAUCUUCCGAUGGAAACAUUGAAGUGUUGCAAGAACAACCGGUCGCCCUGCUUACACUUCUGCACACCCUGCCUAGGGCCUUCUUGUGGUAGUAGCAACAUCAGAAAAGAGUUCUUCUGUGCUGGGGUGACCGAGUGUGUGAACCAUGGACUGCUACUAGCUGAGAUUGACACGCCUGAGAAGCUUCAAAACGUGUUGGAUUUCAUCGAUCAAGAGGAUUCAGAGCUAGUGGAAUUCUGGGUGAACGUACGAAAAAUCAACGAAACUUGGGUCCACGUUCCUAGUAACAAGCCUGUGACUGCGGGUGAAUGGGCAAUACCUCCUGUAGACGGCGAAUGCGCGUACGUGGAUAUAGCUGAUGGCUCUCUACUCAAAACCGCGCCAUGCAACGGGGACAAGCGUGCCUUUCCUUGCGCCGAUGCAACUAAUUCUCUGCCAGUUUGUUGAGUGAAUAGAUUUGUGUCGAUGGAAUUUUGACAGGCAGAAAAGUGAAGUGAAAAGUAUUGAAGAG